AUGGUAGUUGAUCACAAUGGUUCAUUCUUUGCAAGAGAGGAUGAUUAUAGGCCUCAACACGGUCUCUACAUGUCAGCAGGUAAUACUUCUGCAUCUUCAAUAGAUUCGAUAGCAAGUUUUGCCAGUUCUACAGAUUUGGAUGCUUUAGCAAUUUUGAAUGACGAAGAUAUUAAAGGUUUUGUUGCCGAACAAUUAGUACCAAUCGGAGAAAAACAAACAAUAGUAGAUAGUAUCAAACAUAGUCAUUCACAUCUUCGUCCAGCUCUCAAUGUAAAAAAUCCACAAGGACAUCACCAUGAAAUGAUGAAUCAAUACGAUCAACAACCAAUUGAACCAAGUAAUAAGGGUGAGGAAAAAAUGGGACUUGUUUCUGCAGCUUCUUCAUUCAAAGAAAAGGUAGUAGAUUUAUUCUCUGCUGCCAAAACAAGAAUCAUGCAAAAGGAUCAACCAGUUCUUCUACCAUCACAAAAAAGAAAACUCAGAGGAUGGUUUAUGAAAAAGUACAAGAGAGCAAGAAAAAAGGAGGCUGCUCUUGAAGAAGAAGAAGAAGAAGAGGAGGAGGAAGAAAAGAAACCAUCUGAUAAAGGAAUAAUAGAAAAAAUUAUUAGUUGUUUUAGAUCUGAAAGAUCUGAAAGCAGAGUUUUAUAUACUGAAUUGAGUGAAGAAGACAAGAUGAAGGUACAAUCUUUAAUUUUGGAUUUAGGGUAUGCUCUGACUCUUUAUGGUAUCAGUGCUAACAGAACUGAAUAUCACUUGACACUUGUCUGUACCUAUUUUGGUAUAGAUGCUUAUUUCAAUAUUACACCAGUUGGUAUUUGGUUUGCUUUUGGUCAAAAGAUGAGAGAAGCAGAAAAUAGAACAUUUUAUGUUAAGGUUGAAACACAAAUGUUGAACUUGGACAAACUUUCCAAGUUAGAUAAUGUUGCCAUGAAUAUUGCUCGUGGUCGUUUGGGAGUUGACGAAGCAAGAAAAGAAAUUGCUAGAAUUGUUUCUGCUCCAAAUGUAUAUGAACAUCCAGUUUUCCACAUUUUCAUGCACUUUAUAUGUCCAGGUCUUUUUGGCCUAUUGUGGAGUGGUAACGUGGCUGAGCUAUUAACUUGUCUUUCAUCUGGUUUGGCUAUUGCAUUAAUGCAAAUGUUCUUCCAGAGGUUUGCAUUUUAUAGGAAUGUCCAACAAAUUAUGGCUACAGUUACUGCUGGUAUUGUUGGUAUAAUUAUGAAAGCUAUAUUUUAUGGAAAAUUUGAAGUUUCUGUUUCUUUGGUUGCAUUGGCUGCAACGUGGCAAUUUUUACCUGGUCAACCUAUGGCUGUUGCUUGUUACGAAAUUGCUACUGGUGCUUUAUUGAGUGGUAUUUGUCGUUUUGUUGUCUCUUUUGUGGUUAUCCUAAAAUUAGGUUUUGGCUUCCUCAUUACUAAUGUCAUUGUUACUAACAUUCCUCAUUUGGGAGAAAGUGAAAUCAACCCGCCAGAAAGAGAAGCCAUUCCACUGUGGUUCAGAUUCAUUAUCAUGAUUGGAUUGGCCCUUAAUAUUGUAUUUACCAGAAGAGUUCCAAAACAUGCAUUCUCAAUCAUUUACAUUACCUUGUCUACUGUUAGUGCCCACAUUGUUGCCUUCUAUCUUUCGAGUGUCAUGCACAACACUGAAGCAGGUACAAUUAUUGGUGGUAUCUUGAUUGGUAUUAUGGGUAAUAUUUUCACACUCAUUUCCAAAAAGCCGUCCAUUAUGGUCGUUGGUAUUGGUGCUCUUCUUUUAGGUCCUGGUUCAAUGUCUUUCAGAGGUAUUGCUGCCUUUGUUUUCAAGGAAACAACAGAGGGUUUGAAUUUGUUAUUUGAAAUUUUCUGGGUUGGUUUGGCUCUCUUCUUUGGUUUCACAGUUGCUAAUAUUGUCGUUCCAAUCAAACAAAACAUUAACGUUUAAGCAGCUAACUAGUUGGUAAAGUUGCUUCUAAGAUUUUAAUUUAUUCGAGUUUAUUAAAACAAAUUUUUAUUUCAAA